GCGCCGCUCGGAGGCAGGGCGGGCGUAUUCAAUGGAAGUAUGUUACCAGCUGCCGGUGCUGCCCCUGGACAGGCCGGUCCCCCAGCACGUCCUCAGCCGCCGAGGAGCCAUCAGCUUCAGCUCCAGCUCCGCGCUCUUCGGCUGUCCCAAUCCCCGGCAGCUCUCACAGCGACGUGGAGCUAUUUCCUAUGACAGUUCUGAUCAGACUGCGUUGUACAUUCGUAUGCUAGGAGAUGUACGCGUAAGGAGCCGAGCAGGAUUUGAAUCAGAAAGAAGAGGUUCUCACCCAUACAUCGAUUUUCGUAUUUUUCACUCUGUGCAUGGAUUCCUGUUAUGGGCGAGGGCUACAGGAUUGACAAGAAGUGAAGCAUCUGGCUGUUCUAAGUCUCAAUCUGAGAUUGAAGUAUCUGUCUCUGCAAGGAAUAUCAGGAGGUUACUAAGUUUUCAGCGGUAUCUUCGAUCGUCACGCUUUUUCCGUGGUACUACUGUUUCAAGUUCUCUAAACAUUUUAGAUGAUGAUUACAAUGGACAAGCCAAGUGUAUGCUUGAAAAAGUUGGAAAUUGGAAUUUUGAUAUCUUUCUAUUUGAUAGACUAACAAAUGGGAAUAGUCUAGUAAGCUUAACCUUUCAUUUAUUUAGUCUUCAUGGAUUAAUUGAGUACUUCCACUUAGAUAUGAUGAAACUUCGCAGAUUUUUAGUUAUGAUUCAAGAGGAUUAUCACAGUCAGAACCCUUACCACAAUGCAGUCCAUGCUGCAGAUGUUACUCAGGCCAUGCACUGUUACUUAAAAGAACCGAAGCUUGCCAAUUCUGUAACCCCCUGGGAUAUCUUGCUGAGCUUAAUUGCAGCUGCCACUCAUGAUCUGGACCAUCCAGGUGUCAAUCAACCUUUCCUUAUUAAAACAAACCAUUACUUGGCAACUUUGUACAAGAAUACCUCAGUCCUGGAAAAUCACCACUGGAGAUCUGCAGUGGGCUUGUUGAGAGAAUCCGGAUUAUUCUCACAUAUGCCGUUAGAAAGCAGGCAGCAAAUGGAGACUCAGAUAGGUGCUCUGAUACUAGCCACCGACAUCAGUCGCCAGAAUGAGUAUCUGUCGUUGUUUAGGUCCCAUUUGGAUAGAGGUGACUUAUGCCUGGAAGACACCAGACAUAGGCAUUUGGUCUUACAGAUGGCUUUGAAAUGUGCUGAUAUCUGUAACCCAUGUCGGACCUGGGAAUUAAGCAAGCAGUGGAGUGAGAAAGUAACAGAAGAAUUCUUCCAUCAAGGAGAUAUAGAAAAAAAGUAUCAUUUGGGUGUGAGUCCACUCUGUGAUCGUCAGACUGAAUCUAUUGCCAACAUCCAGAUUGGUUUUAUGACUUACCUAGUGGAGCCUUUAUUUACAGAAUGGGCCAGGUUUUCGAACACAAGGCUGUCCCAGACUAUGCUUGGUCACGUGGGGCUGAAUAAAGCGAGCUGGAAGGGACUGCAGAGGGAACAGUCCAGCAGCGAGGACACUGAUGCUGCGUUUGAGUUGAACUCACAGCUAUUACCUCAGGAAAACCGGUUAUCUUAACCCCAGAACCAGAGGGACAGACUGCCUCCUGGAGGUUUCUAGAAAUGUGAAAUGGGGUCUGGAGGUGAGAGAACUUACUCUGGACUGCCAAGGUUUCCAAGUGAAUGAUGCCAGCAUUAUUUAUUUCCAAGACUUCCUCUGUUGGAUCAUUGAAGCCCACUUUUUAAUUAUGAGACCUGAACCCAUAGCAAUAUGCAUUUGGCUUUUGUGUGAAACCUUGAAUAUGCAAAGCCCAGCAGGAGAGAGUACAGAAGGAGUCUGGAAGGCCCUUUGGAGGUAUGCCACGUGGUUUUCAGAGCAUUUCUUCUUCAAACCCUGAAACUUGAACAGAAUCUCUCAGCAGCAAUCUCUUGGAAGUUAACCAGUCUGAUGGAACAGUGUGUAUCUGUACCUUCCACUAAGUUCUCUCUGAGAAAACGGAAAUGUGAAGUGCCCAGCCUCUGCUGCCUCCGGCAAGACUCAAUGUUUACAAAUCAACUCUGAAAAUAUUGGUUCUCAAUUGCCUUGGAGCACGAUUGUGAAGGAACCACUAAAAAACAAAACUUAAUGAUCAAACUUUUAGACUGCAGCUCUUUCCCCCCUGGUUUGCCUUUUUUUCUUCUUUGGAUGCCACCAAAGCCUCCCAUUUGCUAGUUUUAUUUUGUGCACUGGAAACUGAGCAUUUAUCACAGAAAACCGCCAAGCUUUCACUCCAGUGCUGUUUGGCAAUGCAAAUUUAAAAAAAACAAACAAACAAACACAACUGUUAGUUUUGCUUUGGGGUGGGAGGGGAGAACACUGGUGUCCUGGCUGUCCUCUGGUCGUGCAGUGGAGACAUUGCAUGUUGUUUUCACUUCUGUACACUUGACCUGCACAUGCAAGAAAAAGGUGGAAUGUUUCAAACACGCAGUCAGCUCAGGGUAUUUGCCAAUCUGAAAUAAAGUGGGAUGGGGAAGUGUGUCCUUCAGAUUAAGGGUACGAAAGUCCCUUUUGCUGCAGUGAGAGGUAUGUUGUGUGUGGAUGUGUGGGCGUGUGUUUGCGUGCAUGUUUGUGUGUGUAUGACUGUGCAUGUGUUAUGUUCAUCCAUGUGGGAAGGGAUUGGAAAUGUAAGCUUUUAUUUAUUCUUGUAGAAUGUGACAUAAUGAGCAGCCACACUUGGGGGAGGGGAAGGUAGGUAAGCUGUAACAGAUUGCUCCAGUUGCCUUAAACUAUGCACAAAGCUAAGUGACCAAACUUUUCGUUUUGAUUUGAAAAAAAAAAAAAAAAAAGUGCAUUGUUUUCUUGUCCCUCCCUUUGAUGAAACGUUACCCUUGAUGGGCCUUUUGAUGUGAACAGAUGUUUUCUAGGACAAAAACUUAAGGACUAAUUUUAAACGUAAAACAUUCCACUUUUGUAAUUUGUUUUAAAUUGUUUUAUGUAUAGUAAGCACAACUGUAAUCUAGUUUUAAAGAGAAACUGGUGCUUUCUUUUAGUUCAUUUGUAUUUCCCUUGUUACUGUAAAAGACUGUUUAUUAAUUAUGUUUACAGUUUGUUGCAACAGCCAUUUUCUUGGGAGAAAGCUUGAGUGUAAAGCCAUUUGUAAAAGGCUUUGCCAUACUCAUUUUAAUAUGUGCCUGUUGCUGUUAACUUUUGAUGAAUA